AUGUCUGGUUUCACCCCAAAGCCCCGCUUCGCCCCCGAAACUCCUCCCAGCGAGCCUAACGAGACGAUGGACCUUAACGACGUCAAGGUCACCGGCACUCCUCACGCUGGCCAAAUUGGCGACUCUCCUCUUAGUGUGGCGCUCACUGCAUCCGAAAAGCAAAUGCUAGACAACACAAAGGUCAAAACAGCUAUAGUCGACGUGGAUUCGGAGGCGUGGAAAGAGAAGAUGGAUCUCGAGACGAAGGCCACCAUGCUGGAACAAGAGAAACGGGCCCACUCGAACAAGAUGAAGCUCGAAGCCCAAGCCAAGAAAAAGAUUGCUUCGGACAAGAAGGCUAUGGAAAAGCUUCUUAGAGACAAGCAGGUCGUGGAGGUCAGACCGCACCCCGCCCCAACCGGCUCGAUGGAAGUGGACGCGACGAGCGAAACACCUUCGGAAUCUCACGUCCUUCCCGAGACGCUGCUUGCGCUGUUCGUCCCCAAAGAACUCGAUGAGCUAGAGCUACGCCCCGAUGAGCUCCAAGAGACCUGGCCUGAGCUCGCAGACGACAUGUACGCCUUCCGCCUGGACGGCGUCCGCAAGCUCGCUACAACCUACGACAAGUACAACAAGCGCUACCUCCGGAACAAGGAACCGAUAAUUUCCGAGGAUGAGCUGGUUGCCUUCAGCCGGGCCCGCGAAGCCGAGUUCUUCAAGUUCUUCUUGCGCCAGGGCAUGCAGUUCAAGCCCGUAUCGUUGGACUGGUACACAAAGCAAAUCGCGAAGGAAGACUCGGCAGACAAGAACGAAAGCUCCAAGUGGACAAAACGGGUGGAGACAUUCAAGGAAUACUGGCAGUCCGUCAAGCUGCUAGAGACGCGCCUUCAGCCGCGAGUCUUCGUCGAUGCCGCGACGCGUGCCGCGCUGCAACAGCAGCCGAUUGUCCGCCAACAGUUCAAAUUAGAGAAGGAUUUCAAGCCGCUCCGCCAGAAGUCGCUGGUCAAGAUGUAUGAGCAGCAUGGCCCGAGCCAUUUGUGGAUCUUCUACGACUUGCCGUACACGUCUCAGUCCGAGCAGGCCGCUAUAGCUGACAACUGCGUCGAGAUGGAGGCGGAGGUCUUUUGGCGCCUUUUGCAACAGCAGAAGCAGUCCCAAACCGAGAAGGCAUACCUCGAGGGCGUCAGUGGUCAGAUUGCGAAGAUCCGAGCGAUGCGCAAGGAGGCUGAGGCGAGACCCAAAAAGAUCAACGGCGCUGCAGAGGUUCUUGGCAAGGCAGUUGAGGGCUCGAAGAUGGAAGUCGAUACCCGUGCACCCGCCGUGGUGAUGGAAGCACAGGCACCCGGUUUGAAGAACACGCCUACAGAGCACUAG